AUGGAAGCAGAGCGGCUGAUGGAAGAGGGCAGAACUAACGAGCAGCCACACAUCGAGGAUCAGAAAUCUUUCUGCGACCGCUGCAUUUUCUGCGUGGGCCCACGAUACACGGCAGUGUUGACCGACCACGAGCGCGAUGCAGUAUGGCAUAUGCGGCGUCAAGUGGUCAACAGUCCGAAGCCAGAAGAAGCAGAACUUCACAAGCAGGUGCUGGAGAUUUGGAACAGCGCCUUCCCGGAAGAGAAAGCCGAGGCUUUUGUAAAAGGCGCUCAUUGGAAGAAGCUCGGAUUCCAGGGCCUGGACCCUGCCACAGAUGUUCGAACGGGGGCGUGGCCACUGGAGCAGCUGGCGAGCUUCGCUCGACACCGGCCGCGAGAUCUGCAAGAAAUGGUGCAGCAGGCUACAAGCCCAGCAUCGUUUUAUUUGUUUGCGAUUAGCUGCUUUAACAUCUCCCACAUGCUUGCAGUUUUCUUCGACCUCCAUACCUCUGCCUCUGUCUCUCCGCUGGGGUCGGUCCGACGAGCUAGCAAGCGGCAACUUCGAAAUCUGGCAAGACUGGUGGUCCGAGAGUGCAGCGCGAAUGAUGUCGACAUGUCUUCCAGCAUCUGCCGCUUAGUCUUGGACGAGGUCUUCGUGGAAGUCUUGCUUGUGGUCCACAGACAUUGGCUCGAGAUGAACAGAAACGGCGAGAAAGUCACCCUCAUGGAUUUUCCAAAGGCUCUCCGCAGGGGCUUCGACGCCAACUCGACCUUCUUCGAGAGGCCGUGCGACUCGCUGGGUGACUUGAGAAUGGCUUAG